CUCCCCCGCCCCGCUCGGCCGCUCUCAGGCCGGCGCUCCGCCCCGCACCGGGACCGCGGACGCCGUGACCCCGUCCUGCGGCCCGCCCGCGCCCGAGCAUCCCGAGACCGCGCUGCGCUCCGCGUGCGGACCGUGUUGAGUUCACAAGACCGCGACAUAAACAUUGAGGCCAGGGAGGAGGCGAAGGGGAUCUUGCACUCCUUUUAAAAACCUCAAACAUGGGAAAGUCUCUUUCUCAUUUGCCUUUGCAUUCAAAUAAAGAAGAUGGUUAUGAUGGGGUCACCUCGACAGACAACAUGAGGAAUGGGUUGGUUAGCAGCGAAGUCCAGAAUGAAGAUGGAAGAAAUGGAGAUGUCUCUCAGUUUCCGUAUGUGGAAUUUACUGGAAGAGACAGCGUCACUUGUCCCACUUGCCAAGGAACAGGAAGAAUUCCUAGGGGGCAAGAAAACCAACUGGUGGCAUUGAUCCCAUAUAGUGAUCAGCGGUUACGGCCAAGAAGAACAAAGCUGUAUGUGAUGGCAUCUGUGUCUGUCUGCCUGCUCCUCUCUGGAUUGGCUGUGUUUUUCCUUUUCCCGCGAUCUAUUGACGUGAAGUAUAUUGGCGUAAAAUCAGCCUAUGUCAGUUACGAUUUUCAAAAGCGAACCAUAUAUUUAAAUAUCACGAACACGCUAAAUAUAACAAACAAUAAUUAUUACUCUGUUGAAGUUGAAAACAUCACUGCUCAAGUUCAGUUUUCAAAAACGGUUAUUGGAAAGGCACGCUUAAACAACAUAACUAACAUUGGCCCACUUGAUAUGAAGCAGAUUGAUUAUACGGUACCCACAGUUAUUGCUGAGGAAAUGAGUUACAUGUACGAUUUCUGUACACUGAUCUCCAUCAAAGUACACAACAUAGUACUCAUGAUGCAGGUAACUGUAACAACAACAUACUUUGGACACUCUGAGCAGAUAUCUCAGGAGAGGUACCAGUAUGUCGACUGUGGAAGAAACACCACUUACCAGUUGGCCCAGUCUGAGUAUCUCAAUGUACUUCAGCCCCAACAGUGAACUCUGAAGGAGAUGUGAUAGAGCAGAGGACCCCCCUGAGGCGUUUCCAGAACUGUCAGUGAGGAGGCACUGCCUAGGACAUCUUGAAUUGGGCAUGUCUAAAGUUGAAACUAGGUCACCGAGGGUUCAGCCGACAGAAGCUGCUCCUUAAGCAGCUACUGGACUCUGGUUCUGUGUCGAGGAUUUGCUCGUACCAAGAGCUUUUACUUGAUCGUAAGUUAACUGAUUGGCUUUCUUCUCAUCUUUGUUCCCAAGGUGAAAAAAUGGAGACUUCCUCUAAAUACAAUAAAGAAUUACACAAAAGUCAUAGACUUAAUCUGUAGCUCUAUUGAUAAUAUAGUUCAGUCAUGAACGUAAUUUGAAAAAUAAUUCUGAAGAUUUUUAUAUGAAAUUACUGAAAGUCUAUUAUUCAUGGAAGACUUUUAAAAUCUAACCUGUUUUAUAAAUUCCCAUUCUUAUAUGAUGGUAGUCUUUCGACUAUAUGAUAACUUAGCUAUUAGCUAAAUGUUUUUAGCCUUUGAUUUGUUGAAAUUCUACUCAUUUGCAUGUUUUGUCUUAUUUCUAGCUAAUUGUUGUAUAAUAUUUACCAACCAUAACAGUCUGCCCAAUUCUGGUCUACACUUUUUAAGAGCCUCUCAGUAUGUGCUUCAUGUAUAUAGCUUUGUGAACUUUCUGUGUGGUCCCCAAACACACUCCUUUUUUGUGUACAAUAUUGUAAAUAAACUGCAUGGCUUUUAUACAGCUUUGAUAAAGGUCAAAUGAAAUGGUACUGAUUAAGAAGUAAAGCAAGUUGUUCAUAAAGAAUAAAGGAGGACAACGAAAUUCAGAAAUCUAUAAAGUAUCAGUAGAUUCCAGCUACUUGUUGGGUCUGACAUAAAACAGAUAUUCAAUAAAACAUUUUGAUGCUUUA